AAGGAUGUUGAAUAGUUAAAUUUCAAAGCGAAAACUAAAAGGGCAAGUGGCGGGCGACCAGCAUAAUGGUUUUGUAUGUUGACUGAAAUCAGUGUUGAAUGUAAAGUCGACGUAUCGAAUCCUAACAGUGGCUUAUAUUUUAAUUCUCUGUUUUGGACUCCUCGGAUCGUUUUGAGGGUUUGUUUGGGUCGUUUUAAAAAGGAAGGUGGCAAAGAUGUAAUUUUCAAAAAAUUGGAGGGGUAGCUUGGUCAUUUCGUGGGUCCGGGUAUAUGGAUCGUUUUUGGGAGAAACCCUAGCCGCUUUGCUAUGCAGAUCGGCCGCCUCCCUCAAUCACUCUCUCUCUCUCGUUUUCUCUGUAACCCCAGAAAUCGACGCCCUUCCUCUGAAAACGACAGACAAAAGAAAACCGAAAAAUGCCUCUGAUCUCCCACUCCUCGCACCUCUAUGCUCUCAUCGCUCUCUGGAUCCAUCUUUCCCUCUUCUGUUCGACUCUUCUUCUCACCCCUUCUUUCCCUUUUCUGGUAAUGACGACGACAAAGGAAAAAGAAGGGAAAACGACGGCGGCGACGAGAAACAGUGAAGAUUGUCCCGGCGGCGAAGGUGAGAUGGUUUUCGAGCAUGAGGAGCAAGGAAGAAAAGCAAAACGACAACGACGAGGGAGAAACAACGGUGGUGGACACCGGUGAUGACGAUCGAAUGACGACAAAGGUAAUAGUUUCAUUUGGGGUUUGCAUGUCGUUUUUGGGUUUUCAUUUGGCGAUUUUGAUUUAUUUGGAUUUAGGGUUCUGACUGUGUUUUUUAAUUUGAUUUGUUGAGGUCUGAUUUAUAGCAGAAGGAGAGGCAGACAAGUGAAGGAAGAAGAGACCGCUGCCAAUAAAUCUAUGUUUCGUCGGCGGCGUCAACAGUGGCGAGGUUGACACCAACCACCCAAGUGUUUUUAUCGCAAAGGCCGAAAUGAAUACCACCUAUGUGUCCUUCACCGCGUGGUGUUGCUGGCAGCCACUGUAUUCUGCUAUGCUAUACUUGUGGGGUUCAAGAAAUUGUGGCACCAGGGAAGUAAUGAAUAGGCGCAGAUGAAAGUGAAACCCCUAAACUGGAAGCAAACUUGCCCAGUGGCAGUGGGUGGUGGUGAAAAGAUCUGCUGUGCCAGCCCACCUAUAUGGGUUAAAGUAUUGAAAUGAGAAGACAACCAUGAAUAGCUUCAUCCUCUGUUCACGAAGGAAGGAAGGAAGGAAGGAAAAUAGAAGAGAAGGGAAAUUUGGAGGGGAGGAAAAUGCGGAGGAAAAAUUGGAAGGAAAUGAAAGUGUUGUUUUAUGAAGAAAAGUGGGGAAAAGUAGGAGAGAAAAGUAUAUUGGAAAGUGGGAUAGAUAUAUUAUUUUAUGGUUAUAUAAUAGUAAAAUAGUUUAGUUAUAUGUUAUAGUAUUUUCUUUACUUAUGAAUAGUGGAUUAAAUUUAUUAUUUUGCU